UCCCAGUUUCUUCAAUAUCCAACAAUGGCGCCUCUCUCCCUUCUUCUUCUAUUCCUGACGCUGCAAAGUGCCAAUUCUCAGAUUCCGGCGACCAAAACUUUCACCUUCACAAACGCCGGCGACCUGGUUUACAACGUCGCCGAGUACGCCGCCAGCUACCGCGAAGUUCGGGCCGCCGGCUACACCUUCUCCACAUUCCCAUUCACUCUCUGCUUCUACAAUUCCACACCGGGAAAAUACAUCCUCGCCGUGCGCGGCGGCGUCCGCCGCGACAAGGAGCCGAACCGGUGGGUCUGGGAGGCGAACCGCCGCCGGCCGGUCGGGGAAAAGGCCACACUCACCCUCCGCCGCGACGGGAACCUCGUCCUGGCGGAGGCCGACGGCGCCGUCGCCUGGCAGACCAACACCGCCGCCGCCGGCGUCGACGGAAUUAAACUGUUGGGAAACGGAAACCUAAUUUUGCACAGUCAAAAUGGGAUUCCUAUCUGGCAGAGCUUCGACCAUCCCAUCGACACGCUCCUCGCCGGAAUGUCGCUGAAACUCCGAUCGACGCGGCUAAUCAGCCGGAAAUCCGCAACCGACGCGGCGGACGGGAAGUACAGCCUCAUCCUCGAAGACAACGGCGUAAUUGUGUACCUCAACAACUCCGGCGACCUCAUCAGGUACGCCGAUUUCAGCGGCUACAGCGGCACCGCCGCGACGUUCACCACCGUGAAGCUCAAUACGACGUCGUCGGACCUAAUUUUCAAAUACGAAGGUCCGCCGCCGGGGACGAGCGUCGGCGGAAUCCGCCGCCUGAAAACGCUAAAUUACGACGCUAAAUACUCAUUCCUCCGCCUCAGCGCCGACGGCAGCGUCGACGCCUUCACCUACACCUCCGGCGGGUGGAUCCAAAGCUUCGCCUAUUUCGGCGAUUACCAUGACCGGAAAUGCGCGCUGCCGGCGAGUUGCGGCGAGUUCGGUCUGUGCGAGAACGGCACGUGCGUCUCGUGCCCUAGCCGGAAAGGGCUGCUGCCGUGGACUCCGAACUGCUCGCCGCCGCAGCUUCCUAAUUGUGGCGGCGCCGCCGGAAUCCGGUAUUACAGAAUAGAUAGGGCUGAACAUUUUCUGACCCUGCAGAUGUCGGCGGAGCGUUUGAAGCUUCGGGAAUGUCGGGAAAAGUGCAGCCGGGACUGUAACUGCAAGGGGUUUGUUUACCAGAGGGCGGAGAUGCUGUGCCUGACGGUGCCGGUGCUGGCGACGCUCAUCAGAGAUUCGCCGGAAUAUUCUGUUUAUGUCAAGUAUUCCAAGUGAUACCCUACCCUACCUUAUCCCCUACACAUGUAAUAAUAAUAUGUUCCCACGAAAUACUUGUCAAAGCUUAUUAACGAAUAAAGACAGUGGUUUUAACUUUUAAA